GCAUACCUCGAGGCCACCGAAGCUUUCUAUAGGACCAAAGCGCCCGAAUAUCUGGAGGCUAACGGUGUCCAGAGUUACAUGUAUUGGGCGGACAUGAAGUUAUUGGAAGAGGAACAGAGGGCUUCCCGUUAUUUGGAGUCGUAUUCCGGUUCCGUUCAGACGCUCUUGGAUUGUUGUGUGAAAGUACUGAUCACUGCAUUUAAAGAGAUAAUUAUUGCCGAAUGUCCGCAAAUGAUUAAAUUCAACGAUACUACCAAGUUGAACCUAAUGUUCCGGCUGAUGGACCGGGUGCCCGAGGGUAUAGUGCCAAUGCUGGAGUUCCUGGAGUCGCAUAUCAUCGACCAGGGGUUGGCCGACAUGAUAGCGUCGGCUGAGGUGAUCACUCAGGACUCUGAGAAGUACAUCGAGCAGCUCCUGGAGCUAUUCAGACGGUUCUCACUGCUAGUC